AUGUCCGGGGAGAGAGAGGUGGAACUGUUUGGCGGCGCCAUCCGCUGCCGGCUUCCCGCCACUGCAGUGGACGUGAGCGACUUUAGGCAGGUGCCCGACACACAGGAGGUGUAUACGGAGGCGGAGACGGGCGUCUGCAUCAUCAUUGAGCUUCUCGCCCGCCAGGCAGACGUGCUGGACGAGGACUGUGGGGCGUUUUUUUUCAGCGACCUCGCACGUGCAAACGACUGCCGUGAUGGGGACUUCACGCUCGACGCGCAGCAGCCACUUGCACCUGCUGAUUACCCCCACGUGGCGCAGUUGCCGUGUGGGGCGGCCGCAGCGAGCGGGCGACGGUGCGCAUAUGGCUGCGUCACGUCUGGGCUGCAGCGCAUCUCGAAGUUCAAAAAUGAGCGGGGCAAAGACAAUGAGGUAUUUGUCGCCCUUGCAGUCCUGCGCUUUUUGCCGUCCAUCUCGUCGGAUGUGCUGCUCUCCGUUUCUGCACCUCAGUGGAUUCAUCCGGAGAGCAGCGAGGCUUGCGUGGUACGCCACCUCCGCGGCAGGGAGGAGGUGCUGGCGGUGCUGCAUCGUGCAGUGUCGUCUUUUGAGGUGCGAGACUGGUCGCUGUUUGUGCCGGAGGAUUGA